AUUCAUACAUUCAAUCAGUUUUCAGUUUUUCCACAAUGACAAGUUACUUCGACCAGCUGUGAAAUAUCUUAAAAUUGCGUCUCAAAUUAAUAACAAUUGCGCUUUAAAACAUUAACCGUCUUUGUUCUUAUUCGGUAUUUACUAAGAUCUGAAGAAUAAAAGUUCGAAAUGGCAUACGCUUACUUGUUCAAAUACAUCAUCAUUGGCGACACAGGUGUGGGCAAAUCAUGCCUGCUGCUACAGUUCACGGACAAGAGGUUCCAGCCAGUGCAUGAUCUCACCAUCGGAGUGGAGUUUGGAGCCCGCAUGAUCACCAUUGAUGGCAAGCAGAUCAAACUGCAAAUUUGGGACACGGCUGGACAGGAAGCAUUCAGGUCGAUCACGCGGUCAUACUACCGCGGCGCGGCGGGAGCGCUCCUCGUUUAUGACAUCACGCGGCGGGACACCUUCAACCACCUCACCACGUGGCUGGAGGACGCGCGCCAGCACUCAAACUCCAACAUGGUCAUUAUGUUAAUUGGCAACAAGAGUGAUCUGGAGUCGCGGCGCGAAGUGAAGAAGGAAGAAGGCGAAGCGUUCGCCCGCGAGCACGGCCUAGUCUUCAUGGAGACCUCUGCGAAAACGGCCGCCAACGUGGAGGAGGCCUUCAUCAACACCGCUAAAGAGAUCUACGAGAAGAUCCAGGAGGGAGUCUUCGACAUUAACAAUGAGGCGAACGGCAUCAAGAUCGGGCCCCAGCACUCAGGUGGCGGCGCGGCGGGCGGCGCGGGGGGCGCGGGCGCGGGCGGCGCGGCGCCGGGCGGCUGCUGCUAGGCGCGCGCCUGCACACACUGAGGCGGGCUGCCGGCCGCACACCGACACAAGGAAUGGCGCAGCUGUGUGCAACGAACAUUGGUACGAAAUUUACUGCAGGACAGAUCAUGUAUUAGAAUUUUUUGAAUGCUGCAAAUUCGCUUGCAUCUGGACACUCACUUUAAAAUUGUAGCAUGCCGCUCGGGCACUUAUAUAAUACUUAAUAGUACAUAUUAAACAGUGGAAUGAAAAUGACUUAACAUUCGGAUGGUUUACGUUGAAAUCUCGGGGGUGCUAACUUUAAAUAAUUAUAGUAUUUGUUAGGCCUAAAGUCUGCUUUCCAUACUAGUAUUGCCUUUUGAUUGGAUGGACGUCGAGAUUUUUUGUAAGUCGAUCUUAUAAUAAAGAUAAUUCUGCCCAAGUAUGAACUUCCUAUGUAACAUAUUAGGAUUUUUUCCUCACCAUUCAAUACAAAUGUAUAGAAAAAUAUGAGGUGCUUCCAAAAAAACAAUAUUUAACCAAAAACUAACAAACGUGUAUGGAACACAGAUUAUAGACUUUGCAAGACUAUUUGACUAUAACCACUUCAUUAGCAUUACGGGUUUCGAUAAUAGUUAUAAAUAACUACUUGGCGAUACAAAAGGUUGACUCGAUUUAUAGAAAUAAUUAGUACUGUAUAAUUAAAGUCUCAAAUUAGCUCGUCUCUCCUAUCUGGUCUCAUAGUGGCCGUAAUGGGCCCACAGAUUACCAGUUCGCCGGACAAUAUUAGCCUGUCAGCUGUUCGGAACUGUCACCUUUUGCGAUUAACUGACAGGCUGAUAUCGUCCGGCGAACUGGUAAUCUGUGGGCCCCUUUAGUCAUUUUUACUAGAUAAAUAAACGUUUAUCCACUAUGAUGACCAGAAAGUGAGUAACUGGCCUUAAAUACUUAGUAAUAAGACUUACAGUACGAGUCAAGUAUGUACUCGACGACUAUAUAUAAGGGCAUUCUUAGAAAAAAAUAUGCGUUUUUCUGAAAAUGUUCAAUUUGUUUGUUUUUGUAAUUUCUCAGUCAGUAUUGCAUACCCCUAUCCCCCAAUUUGGCAAGCUACGAAUAUUUAUGGACCACAUAUACGAAUGUUAUUAGUUGUGAUUUUAUAUGUGCAAUGUUAGACUCUCAUAAGGGAAUGAAGCUAUGUAUUUUGUGUAUUUUAGUUUUGAAUUUUCACAUUACAUACAUCGCAUUUAUUUACCAAAAACCUAUCCUUCAACUGACUUUCCUAACGAUUAUUUUUAUUCGAAUUUCAUCUAAUUUGUUGUGAUAAACAUAGUAUUUUAUUUACAUAACAAAAAUUUUAAUUUUAUAUGGAUGUUAAUCAUAGUUAAUUCUGUAUAUUUCAAAUUUAUUUGGGCAGGUCUAACUAUUUAUUAAGCGGGGAGUUAAAUGAAAUAUGUAUUAUGUGUUUCAAUGUGUAAUUUAAUUAAGCAUUUUGUACAAUAGAUAAAUAAUCUUUUGUUAGCUAUGUGUUAUGUGUAUAUUGAUUUAGAAUUUGGUGUGACUAAAUUUACAUAAUCUUUUACAUGCCUUGCUUUGAAUUAUUGCCAAAUUUGAUACACAGUUUUCAUUCUUCAAAUAUUUGAUAUACCUAUAAUAAGAUAAAUUUUAACAUCUUCCUAAGAAUCAUCGAGUGGUAAAAAUGUAAUCAAAUGAGAGAACUGCUUGCAAGGUAAGAAAGACAUGAUUACAUAAUAGGUUAUUUUAAGUUUAGCACAUUGUAAUGAUGUAAUAUUUUGUAAGGUUACAAUAUGCGAAAACACAUUUGUAAGGUGUAAUUCAUGAGAGUAAAUGUUAAAAAACAUAA